GAAAGGAUAGAAGUUUGAAAGCUUCGAAACCAUUAAAACCGAACUUCCGUCUCCACAGAGAGAGAGAGAGAGAGAGAAUACGAUGUCGUUUCAUUCGUUGCCAUCCCCUUCUCCGCAAUCGUCUUUCUUCUCCAAACCCUUUCACGGCGAGAAACGUCUCCUGAGCUCCCGUCGCAGAGCCUCUGCCGACGUUCCCGACUUUCUCUCUGCUGAUUGGCAUGAAUCUCGCAGAAAGAGACCUUUCGGUCCAAGAUUAAAUUUUACUGCAGACGAAGCAGUCCGCUAUCAGCUUGAUGCGUUGAUGUUUAAUGACCAACCUUAUCAAGAUUAUGGGAUCGAAGUCAUGUAUAGGUUUGCCGGAUUUGAUCCUUUCAAAAGGUCUACCUAUUUUGGGCCCUUAUUUGAUUUGGGACAGUUCGAUAAGUUCAGGUGGAUUUUCCAUCAUUCAACCUACCGAUCCUUAAUUGGCCACAGGGAAAGGAAAAUAUUGAGCAGCUUGCGAGUAAAAGAGAAUCAUUACAAGCAGAGGGUUUGGGUAAGAGGACCUCGUCUUGAAGAAGAAGAAAUAUUUGAAUUUACCAUGGUUCAGAGGCUUGGCGGUUCAUGGGAUGGUUAUUGGCUGACAGAGUCUCUGCUUCAUGAGUGUGAUAGUUAUCCCGGUGGUGUCGCGUAUCCAUGAAUAAUUUACAUACAGCUUCUUGUUUUUGGCAUUCGCAUUGAUUUCCUUGAUGCGUGACCAUGUACAUAUGUAACGAAACAACUUGUUGAUAUACCUAAAUAAGACAUCGUACAUCCAGAGUUUGAAAACUUGAAGGUGAAGAAAAUACCUUUGCUAGUUGCA